AGGCAGCAUGGCGCUCGAGAUUGAUGCAAAAAAUGCAACGGCUGCGACUGGCGAUGCUGGUGGUGCCACUGGCGGCAAGGCCAAAGCCAAGGAAAAUAAGACCAAUAAUAACAACAACGCAGCCGGCGAAAAGAAUUUGGUCAAUGGCAGCAGCAGCAGCAGCGCCGCAGCAGCAGCAAAGAAGAAAGGCAAGAAGAAUCGCAACAAAAGCCCGCCCCAACAAGACGCAAUUGAGGCUGAAGCAGGCGCCGCGUUGAGCAAUGGCCAUGCGGUAAAUGGUGUUGGCGAUGGAGAUGCUGAUGCUGCUGAUGCCAACGCAAAUGUGCUCGCCGAUAAGCCGGACAAGGCAACAGCAGCAGCUGAGGAGAAGAGCGCUACUCCUGACGAUGAAGCUGCGGCGGCAGUAGCAGCUGGAGAUGAUGCUGAUCUGGAUGCGCUGAAUGACAUUGGCAUCACAGUGAACAUUAGUAGUCCCGGCACAGAUGUGCUCUCCGUGCAGUUGUCGAGCAUGGAGCUGGUGCAGGAGAUCCAUCAGCUGCUGAUGGAUCGCGAGGAGACAUGCCAUCGCACUUGCUUCUCCCUGCAGCUGGACAACGUAACACUGGACAAUUUCGCCGAGCUGAAGACAAUCGAACCGUUGGAGCAGGGCUCCACCAUACGCGUCGUCGAGGAGCCGUACACAAUGCGCGAGGCGCGCAUCCAUGUCCGUCAUGUGCGCGAUCUGCUCAAGAAUCUGGAUCCGGCGGACGCAUACAAUGGGAUCGAUUGCACCUCGCUCACCUAUUUGAAUACGAUAACACAGGGCGAUCUGCUGGACAAGAAGCGAACACGUCCCGAUUCCGUGGACUGCACACCGCCCGAUUAUGUGACGCCCGGAGUGCGUGAGCCGCCGCUGUUGCCACUGCAUCCGAACAUUAAGAAUGCGAAGGGACCACAGGCCCUCAAAGUGCUGACCACAUCCGCAUGGAAUCCACCGCCGGGUCCACGCAAACUGCACGGUGAUCUCAUGUAUCUGUAUGUGGUCACCAUGGAGGAUAAACGCUUUCACAUCUCGGCCUGCUCGAAGGGCUUCUACAUCAAUCAGUCCACCGACGACAAUUUCAAUCCGAAGCCCGACAAUCCCAGCCAUUUGAGUCACUCGCUCAUCGAUCUACUCUCGCACAUCUCACCUUCCUUCCGACGUGCCUUCCAGGCCAUCCAGAAGCGUCGCACCAUGCGUCAUGCCUUCGAACGGGUGGCGACACCUUAUCAGGUCUAUCAGUGGUCGGCACCACAAUUGGAGCACACCGUGGACGCCAUACGAGCCGAGGAUGCCUUUAGCUCCAAGCUGGGCUAUGAGGAGCAUAUUCCUGGUCAGACGCGCGAUUGGAACGAGGAGCUGCAGACGACUCGGGAACUGCCCAGGAAGACACUGCCAGAGCGCUUGCUGCGCGAGCGUGCUAUAUUUAAGGUACAUGGAGAUUUUGUGACGGCAGCCACACGCGGCGCCAUGGCCGUCAUCGAUGGCAAUGUCCUAGCCAUUAAUCCCGGCGAGGAUGCCAAAAUGCAAAUGUUCAUCUGGAACAAUAUAUUCUUCUCGCUCGGUUUCGAUGUGCGCGAUCAUUACAAGGAGCUCGGUGGAGAUCAUGCCGCGUUUGUGGCGCCACGCUAUGAUCUGCAUGGUGUCCGCGUCUACAAUGCUGUCGAUGUGGAGGGUCUCUACACCCUUGGCACCGUUGUGAUUGAUUAUCGGGGCUAUCGUGUCACUGCCCAGUCCAUCAUACCGGGCAUCUUGGAGCGGGAGCAGGAACAGUCUGUGGUCUAUGGCUCCAUUGAUUUUGGCAAAACGGUGCUCAGUCAUCCCAAAUAUUUGGAGCUACUGCGUCUGGCUGGCAAACACUUGAAGAUCCUGCCGCAUUCGGUGUUGAAUGAGAGGGAUGAGCCCGUCGAGCUGUGCUCCUCGGUGGAGUGCAAGGGCAUCAUUGGCAACGAUGGCCGGCACUAUAUACUCGAUCUGUUGCGCACGUUCCCGCCGGAUGUGAACUUUUUGAAGCUGGAGGAUGUGCAGAUGAGCAAGGACCUCAGCGAGAUGGGCUUCCCCAUUGAGCAUCGCCAUAAGCUGUGCUGUCUGCGCCAGGAGCUGCUCGAGGCCUUCAUCGAGGAUCGUUAUGUGACCUUCAUACGCAUUGCUGCAGCGCAUCUGCAGCGCCUGAAUGCCAAAAAACAGGCGGACAAAGACUUGCCCGUCAUCACAGAGAAGCAGCUGGAGGAGCCAAAGGAAGAGCAGUCGACUGAGAAGCCCACGGAGCAGUCGGCAGAGAAAGACCCGAUGGAGAAGGAGCAGGACAAGGAGAAAGAGAAGGAUAAAGAAGCAAAGCCCAAUACCAGUUCCACUGAGACGAAGAGCGCUGAGGCCAUGGUGAAUGCGAUACGUGAGGCCCAAUCCAAUGUGGCAGUCUCCAAUGAGGUGCAGGCCGCUGAGGUGGUGAAACGGGCCUGUGCCACUGUUGGCUCCCUCAAGGAGAAGGAGUUCGAUUUCCGUUUCAAUCCGGAUGUCUUUUCACCGGGCAUACGUCACAUCGACGGACCCGAUGGCGGCGGUCAAUCGCUGGCGAAGCAAAAGCGUCUCGUUCAGGAUGCUGCCGAGUUUCUGGUGCUGAAGCAAAUACCCGCGUUCAUCAAGGAGCACACGGCGCACUCGUCGCCACCCAUCGAUGGCCAGAGCCUGACCGAAUCCCUGCACAGCCAUGGCAUCAAUGUUCGCUACCUGGGCAAGGUGAUAAAGAUGCUCGGUCAGAUGCCACGCAUGGAUUAUCUGCAUCGGAUUGCCAUCCUCGAGCUGAUUGUGCGUGCCACAAAGCAUAUCUAUUACACGUAUAUGCAGAGCACGGAGCCACUGCAUCUGUCUGCGGCAAUUAGUCACUUUCUCAACUGUUUGCUGACGACGGGACCAGUGAAUCCCGCCGUCAGCAGCGAGGAGGUGCACAAGAAGCAAUUGCGCAACAAUGGUGGAAAGCACAACAAGCACAACAAAUCCUCCAAGAGCCAAGCCAAACCACAGUCCUCAUCGUCAUCCUCAUCCUCGGCUGCGGCAUCCACACAGAAUGGUGGCAACAACCACAACAGCAACAACUCGACAGCUGCUGCUGCAGGAGCCGCAUCAUCCUCGAGUGCAUCGAACAACAGCAGUGCGGACUGGACACUGGUCACGCCACGAUCUCUGUGGCAGCAGAUACGCAAGGAGACGAAGGCCUAUUGGAACUUUGAGCUGGACUGUGACUCCGUUGAGACGGCGGGCGCCAAGUAUGGUUUCUUGCGGAUCAGCUUGCUGCGCGCCUUCUGCCUGAAGGUGGGCAUCCAGGUGCUGCUGCGCGAAUAUAACUUUGAGUCGAAGCACAAGCCCACCUUUGGCGACGAUGACAUCGUGAAUGUGUUCCCCGUUGUCAAGCACAUCAGUCCACGUGCCACAGAUGCCUACAAUUUCUAUACGACGGGUCAGGCCAAGAUCCAGCAGGGUCUGCUCAAGGAGGGAUACGAACUGAUUAGCGAGGCGCUCAAUUUGCUGAACAAUGUUUUCGGUGCAAUGCAUCAAGAGAAUGGCUCCUGUCUGCGCAUGCUCGCCCGUCUCAGCUAUCUGCUGGGCGAUGCCGGCGAUGCAUUGGCCAUUCAACAGCGCGCCGUCAUCAUGAGCGAGCGUGUCAAUGGCAUCGAUCAUCCCUCAACCAUUUUGGAAUACACACAUUUGUCACUCUACUCGUUUGCCAAUGGACAUGUGGGCAUGUCCCUGAAGCUGCUCUAUCGCGCACGCUACUUACUGGUGCUCAUCUGCGGCGAGGAUCAUCCUGAGGUGGCACUCAUCGAUAGCAACAUCAGCUUAAUCCUGCAUGCUCUAGGGGAAUAUGAGCUGUCGCUGCGUUUCAUAGAGCACGCCUUGAAGCUGAAUCGCAAAUACUUUGGGGAUAAGGCAAUGCAUGUGGCUGUCAGCUAUCAUUUGAUGGCGCGCACCCAAUCCUGCAUGGGCGAUUUCCGUUCAGCGCUGAGCAACGAGAAGGAGACCUACUCCAUAUACAAGUCACAGAUGGGUGAGAAGCACGAGAAGACGCGCGAGUCGGCGGAGUGUCUGCGUCUGUUGACCCACGAGGCUGUCGCGCUGCAGCGCAAGAUGAACGACAUCUACUCCAAUGGCAAGCUGACCAGCGAUCUGCCGCCCAUCCACAUAACGCCACCCUCUAUGGGCUCCGUCCUCGAAAUGUUGAACACAAUCAAUGGCAUUCUCUUUGUGCAUAUCAGCCAAAAGGAUAUUGUGAAGGUUCGCAGCGAGAUUGAAAAGCAUUUGAAGACGAAUACUGAUGAGAAUGAGAUAACCGAUGCACUCAAAACCAUUGUGGCAGCUGCCAAUAACAAUGAGAAUGCGACAGAGACGACCAAGGAUGAAGGAGCAGCUGCAGCUGGAGCAGCACCGGGAGCUGGAGAAACGCCCGUGCAGCUGACAAAUGGUGGAGGCGAGGAGACAACUGCAACUGCAACUGCGACGGUUUCCAGUUGAACAACGCAGCUACUGCAGCAAGAACACACAACAAACAUCAACAAACACCAAUAACUACAAAUAUUAAAUACUACUACAAUUUCAUGAACAACACACAUAUAACGUCACAAAAUUGUCAUCUGUUGAUUGUUGUCAAUAUUGCAACGUUUAAUUCGGUGUCGUAAGCAAAAUUCGUAACGGAAAAGUGUCUUUAAUUUUGUUGUGGAACUAAGAAACAACCGAAUCUAAUAACACACAAACUAAAAAAAAAUAAAGCAUAAUUAUUUAUGCUUUCUUCUAAAGGCUGCUCUUGUACUGCUCACACACACACACAUAUGUAUCGUUAAAUAUUACUAUACUAUAUACUACGGCCAUAUCCUUAGGUGAUAAACGGCAUUACAAAAAAAAAAAACAAAAAACAAAACCACAUUUUAGCUUUAGUAUGUCAAAAACAAAGGAACAAACUAUACAAAUACUAGCAAGCAUCCUCCUAACCCUAAUCAUCACCAGCUAUAGAGAAGAACAAAGAAA